CUCAGAUCCUCAUCGAGUCACAUGGUCAUCCGAUGGUGACGCAAACGACGGUUCCAUGACUGAAUCCAUCGGACAAGAGGCCUCGAAUAUGCACCAGGCUUCCGAAGCCCUCCAAGCUCCCGAGAAAGUGCAUUCGUCCACCAAGCGAAAGCUAAAGAAGAACCUGCGUAGGAAGACCAUGGAAGCCCAAGUCCUUGAAUUCAGAGCUUGGGAAAAACCUCACCGAACCGACGAGCAUAUUACCCCGGGAGUUUACCGAGGGUUCUGGAUAUGGCUUGCGCGCUGCUUGACCUUCUACAUCCCUUCAUGGUUCCUCAAGAACUACAUGAAAAUGGACGACCUUCGGCAACGUCUGGCCUUCCGACAAAAGGUGCUUUUCUGCUUUCUGCUUGCCGCCAUUUACGCAUUGAUAUGCUACUUUCUCGUCAUCCAACCGAUAGUCAGUUGUGUUGUGAAAGUGCACAUCGGCAUGAUUGCCAAUGAUAGUGCCUUCUGCAGCACGGUGCGCGGCAUUGUCUAUGUCUACAUGGGUCUGGGUGGCGCGUUUAUGCUGCUGGUUGCGAUCUGUGUUGUUCGUGUCCGCUAUACCAGCAGUUCUUUCGAAGAACAUGACGCCCUGCUGGUAAUGCAAAUUCCGUGCUAUAACGAAGACGAGCCAACUCUCCGGAAAACAAUCGAGUCGUGCGUCCAGUCAAGUUAUGCGACAAAGCGCAAGCUUCUUUUCAUUGUAGCCGACGGAAUGGUUGCAGCUGAGGGCCAGAAACCGACAUACAAAAUCUUGUUGGAAGAUAUCUUCGACCACAGCGCGGACCUGGAAGCUGGCAUCGAAAAUCAGGCCCACUCAUACGCGUCAUUUGACGAGCAUGGCGCUUCAGAUAACAGAGCCAUCUGCUGCACUGGCCACUAUCGAGGUGUACCCUACGUCAUUGUUGUCAAGGUUGGGCGAGAAGACGAGAAAGACAAGCCAAAGCCCGGAAACCGAGGCAAACGUGACUCUCAGCUCAUGACCUACAACUUCUUCCACUACGUCAAUUACCGCAAGCUCUGGAACCCAUUCUUCGAAAAUCUUGAGUUCAAGAUGCGAAUCUGCCUCAACAUGGACGCUCGCGAUGCCAUGUACAUGCUGGCCAUCGAUUGUGACACCGCGGUUGACCGGACAGGGAUUUCCUACCUUGUGGACCGACUUCAAAAUAGACCGAAGCUCCUUGGAGUGUGCGGCUACACCGGAGUCAGCAACCACAUGAGCAGCUUCGUCGCCAGCAGCCAGGUUUUUGAGUACUGGCUUACCCACGCCGUCCUAAAGGCAGUGGAGAGCAUAUGCAGCAGUGUCUUCGUCCUCAGCGGAUGCUUCACCAUUUACCGACUGAAAUGGCCAAACAACCGACCAGCUAUUCUACAUCCACUUCUCCUGGAAGACUACGCAGGGAGUUACGACAAGACCCUGCACGAACACAACUUGUUGUCCAUUGGCGAGGACCGUUAUCUGUCGACUCUGGCGAUCCGCUAUUUCGGGUCCGACUGUCGACUGCAAUACUUCUCUGCUGCAACAUGCACAACCGUGGUUCCCGACAAGCUUUCGGUGCUCCUAGAUCAGCGACGCCGAUGGACGAAUUCCCUCGUCCACUGCCACUUUGCGCAUCUCAACGUCCCGCCCUUCGAAGCAUCGUUCUUCACUCACGUGAGGCUACUCUUUGUCCUUUUCUGCGAACUCUUCAUGGUGUUCAUCCUGCCGCUCGCACUGCCGGCCGGAGUCGCCCUCGCAGUGAUCUCAGUCUUGUUGACACCAUAUGCUUGGGCGGUAUUGCUAGCAUUCUUGCUUUUGCCUAUCUUGCUAUGCAUCCUCUGCCUGGAUUGGACAUACAUCCCUUUCUAUCUCCCAUUUUUCCCCAUGAUCGCCGUCUUCAGCAUCGUCAUACCGAUAUUCUCGACGCGUGGGGGCUAA